UCCUGGUUCAAGAGAGGACAGGGGAAAGGGAAACCAGGAACAAGGAACACUUGCAAUGGAGGACAACAAACCAUGGGCUCUGUUCUCAGAGGUGGGCGAAAAUGGUUACCUUGCAGAAGUCACUGAUAUAAUGGAACAGCACUUCCAACUCAUCUGCUACAAAGACUUCAUGCAAAACCCCAAGCUAUACUGCCCUAAAAUCCAGGCCAUGUUCGUGUGGAACGCCCGUCCUGCAUCCGAGCCUUCGCUGCUCAGUUUGCUUCCCUCACUGAAGGUGGUCGCCAACGGAGGAGUGGGCAUCGACCACCUGAAUGUGUCGUACAUCAACAGCCUCGGAGUGAAGGUGACCAACACUCCGGGUGUGGUGAGCGAUGCCACGGCAGAUAUGGCACUGGGUCUGCUUCUGGCAUCUGCACGGAAGAUCGUUGAAGGCCACCAAAUAGCUGUGGACCCCAAGACCACCCAUAUACCAGAAAGCCUGAUGGGAGUUGAAGUCACAGGGUCCACUCUAGGGAUUAUUGGAAUGGGACACAUUGGCUGCAAAAUCGCUCAAAGAGCCAGAGGAUUCGACAUGAAGAUCUUAUAUUACAACAGGAACAGGAGGAGUGUUGAGGAUGAGCAGGCAGUCGGGGCGAGUUACCGUGAGAACAUGGAUGACUUGCUGAAAGAGUCAGACUUUGUCAUGCUGGCGGUGAACCUGACCCCUGAAACCACAGGCCUGAUCAGCCACAGAGAACUGUCGCUCAUGAAACCCACAGCAACACUGGUCAACAUUAGCAGAGGUCUGGUUGUGGAUCAGGAUGCUUCUAGUCAAAGCUCUGCGCAAGUCUGGAGGAUUCGUGCGGCUAGCAUUAGAACAUGA